CCUAAUCUUCGUUUUCAAAUUGCAAGGGCUUUAGCUUCGUGUUCGUCAAUAUGAGAAGACCCAAGUCAAGAGGAAUGCGCAAACAGAUGCGCAACAAAGAAAUUGAGGAAAUCGAACUUCUGAGAGAAUGGAUCGAUUCGCAGAAACCGGAUUCUGGGUCCAAUCCGCUUUCUCUCGACCCAUUGCCGAAGGAUGCGAAGAUCGGACGAAUUGGGGAGGAUAAAAACGGUGGUGUUUUCUCCCGGUACCCCGGCGUCGCAAGUUUCUAUCAGCUCCCGAUAUCGGAGAGGACCAAAAGGGGGUUGAAGGAGGGAAAGUACGUGAACAUGACCGAUGUACAGAGAGCUUCUUUGCCUCAUGCGUUAUGUGGGAGGGAUAUCCUUGGUGCCGCGAAAACCGGAUCGGGCAAAACUCUUGCUUUUGUAAUACCGAUUCUGGAGAAGCUUCACAGGGAGAGAUGGGGUCCUGAGGAUGGUGUGGGCUGUAUAAUUAUAUCUCCAACAAGGGAAUUGGCAGCUCAAACUUUUAAUGUUCUCAGGACAGUAGGAAAGUAUCAUAACUUUAGUGCUGGCCUCUUAAUUGGUGGUCGGGAAGUUGAUGUUGAAAAGGAACGAGUGAAUGAGAUGAACAUUUUGGUCUGCGCUCCUGGUAGGCUUCUUCAGCACAUGGAUGAGACUCCAAACUUUGAAUGUUCACAGCUUCAGGUUCUGGUUCUGGAUGAGGCUGAUCGCGUUCUUGAUUCUGCAUUUAAGGGACAGCUGGAUCCUAUAAUAUCACAAUUGCCUAAGCAGAGACAAACUUUGCUUUUCUCCGCUACUCAAACAAGGAAGGUCAAGGAUCUUGCAAGACUUAGCUUGAGGGACCCUGAGUACAUUAGCGUACAUGAAGAGUCAGUUACAGCAACUCCAACUAGCUUGAAACAGACUGCAAUUAUUGUCCCACUUGAACAGAAGCUAGACAUGUUAUGGGGUUUCAUAAGGUCACAUCUUAAUUCCAGGAUUCUUGUCUUUCUCACUACCAAGAAGCAGGUAAAGUUUGUCUAUGAAGCAUUCAAGAAGUUGCGUCCUGGUAUACCUUUGAAGAGCCUUCACGGAAAAAUGGAUCAGGAGAAAAGGAUGGCUAUUUACUCCCAGUUCUGCGAGCAACGAUCAGUUCUCUUUUGUACUGAUGUGCUUUCUAGAGGUCUUGAUUUCAAUAAGGCUGUGGACUGGGUUGUUCAGGUGGAUUGUCCUGAAGAUGUAGCCUCUUACAUACACCGAGUUGGUCGCACAGCUCGUUUUAAUACUUCCGGGAAGUCUGUUUUGUUUCUUGCCCCUUCAGAGGCAAAAAUGCUUGACAAAUUGCAAGAGCAAAAAGUACCAAUAAAAUUCGUUAAGGCGAACAGCAAAAAGCUGCAGGAGGUUUCCAGACCCUUAGCAGCUUUGUUGGUCAAAUAUCCAGAUCUUCUGGCUGUGGCUCAGAGAGCCUUCAUCACAUAUUUGAGGUCAAUCCAUAAAAGAAAAGACAGAGAGAUUUUUGAUGUGACAAAACUGCCAAUUGAUGAUUUUUCCGCCUCACUUGGUCUACCAAUGACUCCUAAAAUCCGCUUCAUAAACACUAAAUCGAAGAAAAAGGGGGUAUCCGAGAGUUCUGUUACUCUCGAAUUGGAGAAAGAUCAGGAAAAUACUUCUAACCUUUGGAAGGAUGAACUUCUAGGGGAAGAUGGCGGGGAAGAGAAUUUUGUUCUCAAGCCCCAUGUGGAGAACAAGGAAGAGGAAAAACCAGCUGAAGAUUCCAAUGUUGCCAUGUCGGGAACUCGAGUUCUGAAGAAAAAGAAGCUGAAGAUAAAUGUCCACAGACCGGUUGGCACCAGGGUCGUGUUUGAUGAGCAAGGCAAUUCAUUGGCUCCUCUUGCAAGGGUAGCUGGCACGACAGAAACUAAUGUGGAGCUCGAUCAAGAGAGAAAGAUGGAAUUCUACAAGAAGAUGAGAGAGGAAUUGAAGAGAGUGGAUGUGGAGGACAAGAAGUUAGAACGCGAUAAAAGAAGAGAGAAGAAAAUGAAGCAGAAGAUGAAGAGGAAGAAGGAGGAGGAGGAGGAAGAAGGAGAAGGAGAAGAAGAAGAAGGCAGACAAGACAAAAGAAGGAAGAAGAUCUACUUUGGCGAUGACGCAGACAAUGAUGGAAUCAACACAGAAGCUAUAUCUGUAACAGAACAGGAAGAAUUGGCCCUCAAAUUGUUAAGAUCCAUGAGCUCAUAGAUUAAAACACCAUUCAUAUUUUUGUUGUAUGCUUGAAAGAAGUUUUUUUUAUUUGUAAUUUCUCUUCAUAGAGAAUUUUGUUCUUCACUUGGUAUUUCAUUAGCCAAUUAUGCAUGUCAAUGGGUAGUAGUGGUUGUUGAUGUGAUCGUCGCAGAGAAAAACUAAAAACCUUUUUCGGCUUCAUGCUUGUGGAAAAGGGCGUCUUGUUGUG